GCGCUGCUUCGCCUUCUCAGAAGUGUCCCGCCAAAUCCACCGUUCCCAUUUUCUCCACGCAAAAUCAUAAAAAAACUUACUUUCUAUAUAAAUCCCCACCAAAUACAUAAUCUCCCAUCAAAUUAACAUUAUAACUCAAAUCAGUUAAUGCCUUCGCCAUGGAUCCCUCUACUGAUAUCUCCCCAACGCCAUCCUCACACUCCAACAUCCUUCUCCCUCUAAAAGUCGUCGGCAUCUUAGCCGGCGUUCCCGUGUUGCUAAUGGGCUUCCAUUUUCUGCUUAAAAAGCUUCGCCGUGGGGGACCCGACACUUCGCCGGCGCCGGGGAAGUUCGCCGGAGAUGAUGUGAAGAAGGUUCUAAGCUCCAUUCCUGUUCUGCGCUACACAAAGAACGAGCUUUCUCUGAUGCAAAUUAAUUAUUCCGAGUGCUCUGUUUGCCUCUUGGGGAUUGAAGAAGGAGAAAAAGUUCGAAUUUUGCCGGGCUGCGGCCAUGGGUUUCACGCUCGGUGUAUCGGAGCUUGGCUUCGGAAACGACUGAGCUGUCCUGUUUGUCGUUCGGCUGUCACGGCGCCGCCGGUGUGUGUGGAGAUGCCUUUAGGCUUGGAGGAAGGGGGCGGCGGCGAUGCUGCGGCUACCGGAAAGCGUGAGGAUGGUUGUAGCCUUCCGGUGUGAUGAUAUCAAUAGA